AUGGUCUGUGUCAGUCGUGCAGCGGCGCACCGUCUUGCCACUCCCAUUGUGCCCAACAAUGACGGUCAGGGGCUUGAAGAACUGGAUUAUAUGGAUCUCGCGCGGAUCAAACGAUCGCACACCGCGGAUCGCCAGCUCUGCACGUCAGCAGCGUCUACGCACUGUCCAGCUCAGCCAUGCCGCCAGCCCCGCCUGGUGGGUGUGCGUGUGGAGGAGCUUAGUGUCAUGCGACGAUGGCGCAGUGCCGCUACAGGCGUCGGCAUCGUAGCGCUAUGGUGCUUUGCGCUCAGUGUCCUCGUACCUGGUGUCAUUGUGCCCGUAUGGUGCCAAAAGGGCUGGAACAUGCAGGGGCGCAUCGCUGCUGCCCUGGGCCUUAGUGGCAUGGCCCUCUGGUGCCUCACAGCGGUGGUCACACGUCCAUCGUACCACGACAGCCGCGAGCCACUCCCUGGCACCAUCACCAUUAAGCGCUCAAAUGGGCGUCCGCGCUGGUGCUCCAAGUGCUCGGCGCCCAAGCCCGACCGCUGCCACCACUGCCGCCAGUGCGGGCGGUGCGUGCUCAAGAUGGACCACCACUGCCCCUGGCUCCUAGACACGUGCAUCGGGCUGCGCAACUACAAGGCCUUUGUCUUGUUCCUUCUGUACACAUCUCUGUUCUGCGUGCUAUGCCUCGAUACACUUGUGCGUGCGUGCCUCGCGCUGUGGUCCGACGACCCCGAGGUCGUCGUAGAGAUCCCGCUACUGUGGAUCGCCCUGUUUGCUCUCACGCUCCUGCGCCAACAUGACCACGCUUGA